AUGUCUCAAGUACCGGCCACCUUCACACCAGAUAGCGAAUUCGCCGACCUGGAGACCCCGCGUGGUCCCAUUGGCAGCUGCCUCUCCAUAUCCGCGUUGGCUCGGUUCGAAUUCGAAGCCGGCAGGGGUAAUGAGGGGACCAAGAUCCUGAUGAUCGAGUGGGAGGAUGAUGAUCUGAGCCGAUGUGCUGCCGAGGGUUCCUGGCAUGUUUCAUGGACCGGCAAGACUACCGUUCUCCCCGCGGAUGAUCGACCGACUGACAGCUUACGCCGCUUCUACUUCCUGCUCCCGCCUCACGUCACUAUCCCUCCUGUCGUUACACUCUCAUACGAGCCUCUGCCCACAGUCGAGACGGAUAACACAUCAACGCCGUCUUCACAAGCUCGCGAUACCUUGCAACUGAACCCGCUGCCUGCUAUCUUCCCGCCUGAGCUAGGCGCAACAGGUCGUGCUGCCGGCAAGAAGGGUGUGUUGCACACCAUCUGGGCGAAGAAACGACUCCGAGUUCUGGAUAAUGAGAUCCGCGAGGAAUGUCUCAACAAUGCAGAAGGAGUCGCUGUGCAAAUGGCCGCACAAGAGAAGGAAUGGAUUGAGAUGAAUUUUGGUGUCACUGCACACGCCGCUGACAGCAGCCGUGAAUCCUCAGCUGCAAACUCCAUGUACCCAACCGGCCCAGCCACACCUGUAUCGCCCAUCAGCGGCCGGAAAUUGACCGACAAGCUCAAGGGAUUAAAGCUGCAGACCAGCGAGAAGGACUUGUCUGCAAACGACAGUGAGUUUUCUGCUGUCGCGAACGCACCAUCCGGGUCACUGACAAACCAAGACUCAGGCCCGAACUCAGCACACCUCCUCUCACCACAGUCGCCCGACGUGGCAGUCUCAUCCUUCAGCUCCUUCAGGAAUGGAGCCAACCGCUCUGCAGGCUCUCUCCCGACACCAGUGACCAAUCCCAUCCCGACCCCAAGCUCCAGCACGAAACCCACUGGCCUCGAGAACCUCAAACCUGUCGCCCUGCACCCACCAGAGUCCAUCCAAGACCUCCAACAAACCAGCGCGACGAGCGGCUUCUCCGCCAUGAACUCCAUGACCUCAAUGAGCUCUCUAGCACGCACCUCGAGCGCAGAAUCUGGCGAAGACCUCUUCGCCAAAGCGCUGAGCCCCCGCUCACCCGACCUCCCACGGAGUCCAUUCUCAUUCACCUAG